AUGGAGGGGGCGAAUACAGUGGAUGUGAGCUGGCUCCAUCAUUCUCAUCGAGGUAUAGCAAACACUAUACAUGCUCCUGUUCUUUUUGUUGUACCGGCAGAUCAAACCUUGCGAACCAAAGCCGCCGCUACUACAGUCCUUGAGAAGCCCAAUGCACAGACGGACCUAAAGGCCGAGCGAAAUGCCCCAAAGAAACCAUCGCCACAGCGCUCGACUAGCGAUGCAUCGCGUAAUCCCUCGCAGGAAGCUGAUGGCCAUACGGAGCCAGCGUCGCGUAAUUUGCCGGAGAAAAAAUCACCUAAUCCUCCCAGUACGCCCGCUAAAGGAAGCGCACCGAAAGCAGUGCCAGCAAGGCGCAACUCGUGGAUCUCGUCGUUGAGUUCCAAAUUCUCUACCGGCACUACUCCUCCAGGGGCAAGUGGUACCAAAGAAAGUCCUCACGCUGCUCUGAAGCAGAAUUCCCCGGUUACGAAACCAGAUAUCAAUCCGUUUGGCGCUUCAUAUCCUCCUAGGGAUAGAGAUGAACGCAUCGCCGAGUCUGUCAAUUCAGUAACUUCCACCUCACCGAAGAACCCUUCCUUUCUUCAGAAUGCAUUCCGAAAAUUAUCCUCGGGUGCUGGCGCAAUAGGAGGAAGGACUACAGGCAACAGUGGCUUAUGCGAACGCCGGAUAAUGAAUGUUGAUCCAAAUCGAGAUCGGUGUAAGGUUCCUGAAUUGGAUCAAGCCACGUUGAAGCGUGUUGCCUUUUGUGUCGACGUCGAGAUAGCAGGCUUUAGCCAGCGAGAGAUCGACGAGCAAACGCGUGAAACCGGUAAUAACGUGCCUACUUCCCAAGGGCCUAAGGCAAAGGCCAAAGAGAAAGCGGAAGCCUCGGCAUUGAAGAACCCAGAGGCUGUUGUCAAGGAAAAAGAACGUGAGCUGAAAUCGAGCGCAGUCGACCAGCCAACAGCGACGGCAACGUCACCCUCAACGUCACCCCCAAUCGCAACCGCAACCACAAAUGGUGAAACUGUUCCCGAUGGUCGAACCAAAGAGCCAACCAGGAAACAAGAAAAGAAGAAACGCUCAGAGGAAGAAAGAAAGGAACGGAAAGAGCGGAAGAGAAGGCAGGCAGAAGAGAACGGAACUAUCCCUAUGCAAUUCAAGCAUGCGGAAGAUGAGCAGUCUGCGGCAUCACCAGCAAGUGGUAGUUCACGCACUAAAACACAGAAUCAUCCGACUACGGACCCUGUGCGCAUCUAUCGCCGUUGUUGUCAGCUCCGUGAAACUCCAGUCUUGAAGAAACUAGUAGAGCAAAUGGCAUCGCCAUCAUCGACACUAGCUGAGGCUCCUGGCACCGUGGCGCUGCUAGAUCUCACUGAUUUCCCCAUGACGUUGCAGGAUAUUGUUACUAUGAGUGAUUGGCUGGCAAUAGUUCCUGUUCGCAAAUUAUGUCUUGAAAACUGUGCUCUCACGGACGAAGGAGUGCGCUCAAUUUUGGCAGGACUCUUGUCAACAAAGACCAUGCAACAAGCUCGAAAUAGACGCCGGUCUGCCAAAACUUCUAGUACAGCUGCGCCACAGCCUUAUGGAAUUGUUGAGAAGCUAUCGUUAAAAAACAACACGAAGAUUGGACCUGAAGGUUGGCGUCACAUUUGUUUGUUUAUUCAUCUCUCGAAAUCCCUCAAAGCGAUCGAUCUCUCCGGUAUUCCUUUCCCGAGGAAUAUAUCUGCUGCCGAUGGAUUGAAGGGCUCUCCAAAAUCGCGUGACAUUGGGAGGACGCUGGCCGCCUCCCUUAAAUCACGGUUUGGUGGCGAUCACCUUGAGGAAUUGCUCCUUAGCGAAUGUCAACCGUCUACCGAAGAUAUAGAAAACAUUUGCAAUGCAGCAGGCUCCAUAAAGCUGAGACGGCUUGGAUUAGCUAAUAACAAUUUGACUCGGGAAGGGUUGGAGCAUGUUGCCCGUUAUCUCCAGGGUAAUAACUGCGAGGGUGUGGACCUUGGUGGGAACGAUUUACAUGAACAUCUAGAUCUGCUAGCGGAUGCCAUAGAUUCUCAAAGCCCUUUAAUGGCGUUGAGUUUGGCGGACUGUUCAUUGACACCGGCUACGAUAUUUCCUCUGCUUCAAGCACUCCCAACACUCCCUCUCUUGCGAUUUGUUGACUUUUCGCACAAUCCAGCACUAUUCACCUCGCAGCCUGACUCGUUAUCCAUGCUCAGGCGAUUUCUUCCAAAGAUGACUGCGUUGAAGCGCAUACAUCUAGCAGAUGUGGACCUUUCCCCAGAUCAUGCAAUUGCAAUUGCAGAAAUAUUGCCUGAGUGUCCGAGUCUAGCUCACCUGAAUAUCCUAGAGAACUCACAAAUUGCGAGGCUUGGUUCAUCGCAAGAUCCAGCCGAUCAAGAGGAGGCAUGCGCCGUUUAUGCUUCCUUGAUGGCGGCCGUUCGUGUUUCACACACCCUCAUUGCAGUGGAUAUCGAGGUCCCUAGUGCCGAAUGUAAUGAAGUUGUGAGAGCAUUGGCCUCUCAGAUCGUCGCGUAUUCUCUCAGAAACAUGGGCGCUAUUGAGGAGCUUAGCGAUGCAAGCCAGGUCCAACGCCCAGAGGUCCCGAUUCCUGAAGUGCUGCAACAUCUUGUAGGACAUUCAGGUCCUGGAGAAGCCACAGAUGUUGAAUCUGCACCUAACGAAGACUAUGUUAUUGGAGGAUCAGGCGUCGUCAAGGCGCUCGGGGUGUGCCUCGGCAACCUUGAGCGCUACCAAUCUGAAAUGGGAGGAUCAAGACCAAGCAGUGGUCGCUCAACCCCCGUUCCGCACGUUUCUACGUCAGUCAAUAGGACUAAGAAGGCGCGAGACAUGUCGAAGAAUUUACUCGGAUCCGCACGUAACAUCAAAGCUAGAAUUGAGAUAUCACUCAUUCGGGAGGAUAGAGCUGGCAAUGACGCCAACUAUCGACGACUACAAUUCCUUGAUCAGACUCUACAGAAGAUCAUCACACGUUUUGAAGAGGAAUUUCCCGAGUGCCGUGUACCCACAGACAAACAAGCGGAAGAGGUAUCAUCGCAGCAGUACGGUGGUUACAGUCAUGAACCAGCAGAAGCGGCUGAUAGCCCAACGUAUGCUCCUGAUCCUGCUACUGCGGAGGAUGACGAGGCGGAUCCAUUUGCCAUUCGACUGUCACGCAGAGGCUCAAAUACAUCCCUUCACUCUCGAGCGUUGACUUCUGAAGAAGGGCGUUUCCACCGUAUUAGUCAGAACUUGAGAAGAGAUUUCCUCAAUCCAUCUCUCGUUUCGCCUGAAGACAGUGACGCCGUAUCUAGAGAUGAUUCCCAUCUCAACGCGCUUCGGGAGAAACUGGAGAAUAUGAAAGGAGAAGAACCUCAGACGCACGUGGAGAGCGUUGGAGCGGACAAGGCUUAUCACGAGUUGGGGUCUACUAUGGAGGAACUGUGGAUCAUUCAGCAGCAAGAUCAGGAUGCGUUCGAGAAGUGGAAGCAAAGCCAAAUUGCUGCUCAAAUCAACGCUGGCCUGCGACCACGUCCGUCCCAGCCGCAGUCUCAGCCGGAUGGAGCAAAUCAUUCUAGCGAUUGA